GUGUGAUUUAGAUUAGGCGUGUACGUGCAAGCGAGCGCUCAAGCAAGCGCAUGAGUGUGUGUGUGUGUGCUUGCAACAGACUCCAAAUGUAUCCACCCGGAUGCUGUAAAGGAUUUCCACACAGCUCAGUCAAAAUAUCAUGUAACCUGUAGGAGGAAGUGCUUUCCUAUAUAGUACGAAAUUUACUUUUUAAGGAAUUCACUAAAAUACACAGACAAGUUCACCAACAAGGUGCAAUUGCUAGUAUUUGUGGUCAUUGUUUGAGCGUAAAAACGGCGUAAACUACGUAGAAAUGAGCAGUUUGAAGUGUCUGACGACGGUAAUCCUCUUCGGAUUGUGUGUCACACCGUCAGAAACAAAAUAUGGUCAGACAUGCUCAACAGGAAGUGAAUGUAGACCAGGAAUAUGGAUAUUAGAAGAUUGCACAGAUGGUCUUUGUGUUUGUUCCAAGAGAACCCGUUUCCGCUUUGAUGAACAUUCCCUCGUUCCUGAGUGUAGCUUCGCUUUGCACUCUAAGACAAGGCAUUGUUCAGAUAGACUGACAAGUGCAUUGGAGGAAUGUCCACCAAAUAGCAAGUGUUUAGACAGAAAAGGAUGUUAUUGUGAUGAUGGGUAUGAGUUUGUUGGCACAGAUUGUCAAAAAGUAUUGUACCAGAAAGUCAUGGAGCCCUGCCAUAUACAGAAUGGUUCAAUAUAUGUAUGUGACCAUAAGCAACAUAGCUUCUGUGGAGAAAAGAAAUGUGUGUGCUUUGACUAA